AUGUCAAAAGGCCUUGACAUUGCGGAUGUCAGUUUGGUAAUCAACUACGAGGUUCCAGUUACUGUCAAGUCUUAUCUGCAUCGUGUCGGGCGUACCGCCCGUGCAGGUCGGUCUGGCCUAGCAGUGACAUUGGUGACUCGAGACACUGGCGCAAACUUUCUUGAGCUCGAAACUGCUCUGUUUGCCACAACCAGCCUCUCGCUUCCAAAUCAAAAACAAUGCACUCAAACGUUGCCAAAAUGGCCAAAGCCUAUUUUUGGCAGUUCAUUGGCUGGACAACAUACAGAUUUAAAGAGCUCUAUUGGUCUGGAGGCAAGACAGAUACUCGCUAGUAAGGCUUGGUCUCAAGCAGCAAGAAUAAUUCGCCAAGAAGCUGUGGAAAUUCGUCAAGCCCAACGGAGAGCGGAAGAAGAGGCUGAGGGCAUUAUCAGCUCAGAUGAAGAAUGCCUAAACUUUAUUUCAGAUGACGACCGAGAUUCGUCAAACUCUGAAUCAGCUUGUAAACCUAUACCAGCAUUGAAAGAGGAUUCUGAGUGGUUUUCCGGGGCUGCAGGUAUUGCCGUGGCUCAAGCCAAGUAUGCCAAGAUCGAGUUUCGCAAAGAACAACGAAGACUUUUAGUAGCCCCUAGCAUUACACAUCCAAGUCAUAUCAACGAGCAUGGAAACACGUCUAAAUAU